AUCUCCAGUCCCGAACGUCUAAGCAAGCUCGUAAACCAACCAACCUUCAACGACUGUAUCAAAUACGGCGAAAGCUUGUGCGCCGUCAUAAUGGACACAAAGAUUGUCAAGUUUAUCAAACCAAUAUUCGUCGGUUUAGCAGUGCUUGACAUUAGCAAGUCGCUAAUGUACAAGUACUUCUACGACGUAUUAAAACCUCAUUAUGGUGACGCAAUCAGCCUGGUUUACAUGGAUACUGACUCCUUCAUAUACCUGCUCAGAGUCAGAGACUUUUACCAGGAUUUAGCCGACAGUCCUGAUUUACUAGUGCGCGUGGACGCAUCUAGCCUGCCUGAGGAUCACUCUUGUUACUUGACCUCGAGGAAGAAGACGCCUGGUCUGUUUUCAGACGAGACCGAUGGCCUCACCCUUUUUGAGAUCGCUGCACUUCGAUCAAAGUGCUACGCAUAUGAUAUGGAAGGCAGCGAACUCAUCAAGUCUAAGGGGAUCCGCGGACACGUCAUCCGCAACCAUUUGUCUUUGGACGAUUACAAACGAUGUUUGUUUGAAGACGAUAACGAUAGCGACGAUGCGUCAAAACGAGCGUUGGCCGGAGAGAAUGCCCGUGUAGUCAUCGGAGCCGUACGUGAUGGUGAGAUUCCACAGACAUUAUCACUACCGUACACUACGUACCGGCAGAACGUGUCAAUUCGUUCUUUCGAGCACGAAGUACAUACUUUACGUACAACCAAGUUGGCGCUUAACCGUUUCGACGAUAAGCGCUACACGCUCGAUAAUAUAGUUGACUUACGUUGGCUUACGGUCAUUAUGCCAUUCCACCGGAAGAAAUUUGAUCAACAUUAUUUUUUAUAA